UUACUCCCAAUCCCGCCAAGGACAGAUCCGUCAUUUCAACGCGAUGGCUUCAUCCGCCGUACUCAACCACCCCUCGCUCUCCCCAAGUCCACAGCGCAAGGUCGCGAUCGCCGUCGAUUUAAGCGACGAGAGCGCCUACGCCAUCCGCUGGGCCGCCGAGAACUACCUCCGUCCCGGCGACGCCGUCGUCCUUCUCCACGUGCGCCCCACCAGCGUCCUCUACGGCGCCGACUGGGGCUGGGUCCCCGUCGACUACACCCUCCCCGUCGCCGGCGACAAGAAGUCGGAGGACGACUUCGACGCUCUAACGACGGCGAAGGCGACGGAGCUGGCGCAGCCGCUCCUGGAGGCCGGAAUCGAGUUCAAAAUCCACAUAGUGAAGGAUCGGGACAUGAAGGAGAGGCUGUGCUUGGAGGUGGAGAGGUUAGGGCUCAGCGCCGUCAUUAUGGGCAGCCGAGGCUUCGGCGCCGUCGCCGCCUCCAAGAGGAGCCUCAAGAUGGCCAGGCUCGGCAGCGUAUCAGACUACUGCGUGCAGCACUGUGUUUGUCCCGUCGUUGUGGUCAGGUGCCCCGAUGACGUGGACAGAAAGUUUGGCGGCGGUUAUGAAGCGGCGGAGGAUGUGCUGCUUCCGGUGCCGGAGGAGGAACAUGAGUACAUUGACGAUGACGAGGCUCGAGAAAUGAACUGAAGGGCAGCCUGAACAGGAUAGAGUACAAGCUCAAAGCUUUGCAAAGGAAACUUCAAGAUGUGUGAGGUUGUAUGUGAAUUUUGUGCCUUGUAAAUGUGGAUGGUGUUGAUUACUUCUCAGUGUGUAGGAUUUUAUCACCCCUGAAAUUUCAUCUGUUGUAACCAGAACUCUUCACUAGUAUUGGAAAUUUGGAAUACAAGCAUUGCUCGUGUAGUUGAAGAAA